AUGGACAGUCUUGAACUGAAAAGUGUCCCUGAUACAGGCAAAGGCAAUUCUGGAGAGAUCAUGGACAGUGUUGAACUGAAAAGUGUCCCCGACACAGCUUCAAGCAGCAGCCAGCGAAGCAACAGGAGGAAAACGACGUCAGAAAUCUCUGCGAACAACAGACAAAAGACAAAAGAAAGGACAUCAGGAGUGCCAUCUACAAGCAGAGACUGCCUCCAGGCCGGCGAGGCCUGCAAGAAUAACCCCGGCUGCAGCUUCAAUUUACGGACACUGCGCCAGUGCAUAGCAGGGAACGGAGCCAACAAGCUGGCACCCAACGCCAAGAGCCAGUGCAAGCGCACCGUGGACGCUCUUCACUCCAGCCAGCUGCAUGGCUGCAAGUGCAAACGAGGGAUGAAAAAGGAGAAGAACUGCCUGAACAUCUACUGGAGCAUCCACCACACGCUGAUGGAAGGUGUCAGUGUCUUAGAGAGCUCGCCUUAUGAGUCAUUUGUGAGGGGGUUUGACUACGUCAGGCUGGCGUCCAUAACAGCAGGUUCUGAGAAUGAAGUCACACAAGUGAACCGUUGCCUGGAUGCCGCCAAAGCCUGUAACGUAGACGCCACAUGCCAGAAGCUACGGACGGAGUAUGUCGGAAUGUGUAUACGCACCACCUCACGGAAUGAUGCUUGUAAUCGCUCCAAGUGCCACAAGGCCUUGAGGAAGUUCUUUGACCGGGUUCCUGCAGAGUACACCAAUGAACUCCUCUUCUGUCCAUGCGAAGACACAGCUUGUGCCGAACGUAGAAGACAAACCAUUGUCCCAGCAUGUUCCUAUGAGUCAAAAGAGAAGCCAAAUUGCCUGACCCCGCUGGAUGCCUGCAAGGGUGAUUACAUCUGCAGGUCCCGGCUAGCAGCGUUCCAGUUAGAUUGUCAGCCUUCACCGCACUCCGUGACUGGGUGUGCGCGAGAGAAUUAUGCCGCCUGCCUGAUGGCGUACACAGGAAUUAUAGGCAGCCCAAUUACUCCAAAUUAUGUGGACAAUUCAUCCUCAAGUGUCGCCCCCUGGUGUACCUGUAACACGAGUGGAAACCGGCAGGAGGAGUGCGAGAACUUUCUGCACUAUUUCACCAACAACAUCUGCCUCCAAAAUGCUAUACAUGCUUUUGGCAAUGGGACCAAUUUAAAUCCAGCGGUGAAUCCAUCAGUACCCCCUACGACUCCACUACACAACGAAGAGAAGUACAGUAAUGCUUCUGUUCCUGCAGUCAAAGAGAGUUUCACUGUCCGUGUACAGCCCACCAAGGCCACAAAAGAUGAGUCAUUUUUAGUAGGAUCCGAUGAAAUGAAAUCCGACGUUUUCAACUCCCUGGUUCCCUCUUCCAGUUCACAGUUGGUCCACGGUGGAUGUUCUUUACUCAUUGCUCUAUUUUUCCAGACCUUUAUCUGAAGACAGCCAAGGGCCUCGUAUUUUAUGCUAAAAGAGAAAAUAUAAAAAGCCGAGAGAAAAACUUUGUCUUCUCUAUUUUUAUUAUGUUCAUUCAUGGUAACCUUAAGAGUCCUUAUUUUCAUUUAUUGUCUUUUAAAAUAAUCAAGAAAAUAUAAAAACACACUCGGAGUCUCUAAAGUGACUUUCAGACGCGUUUCAGAAGAAGGCCUGGUGGGGCCUGCUGGAGAUCAAGAACAUUGGCAUGGAUCUCCUUUUAGUGGACGACCAAGGAGCUUCUGAGAUGAGACACUUGUAUUAUUUCUCUGUUGAAAACGAGAUAACCGAAACGUGGACAAGAACUAAAUGAUAAGCAUUAAACAGUGCCGGUAAUCAAGAUGAUUUGCACACUUGCCAAAAUUACAACCCGAUAGUAUGUAGGAAAAUGCAUACAAAAAUGUAAUGAAUCCUACACUAUUUGCAUAAUUGGGACACCUAUUUUCUAUAUAUUUUAAGAGAAAGAGGGGGGAGGGGGAGGUGUGUAUAUACCACAUUACCGAUUCGUCUGACAUAACGCCAAGGAAGCCAGAAACAGACAAAGGAUGAAAAAGUUGUGUUUUUAGCAUUGGUAUCAUUUUUUUUCAACCUCUAAAGUGCUUGUGUACCUUAAUACCCCUUAAAACCUAUUUCUUGAUGGUCAUAUGAAACUAUUUCUACAAGAUGGGACAAAAUGCUUUCUAACAGGGCUUAAUUUCAAGUUAUGUCAACAUAAGAUUUCCGAUAAUAAUUUGGUGUUAUGAACCCCCUCCUGUUUCUUUUUCCUCUCUGCUGAGAUAGAGUUGAAUUCAAUCGACACACAAUUUAAUUUUUAACCUUGGGAUUUUCUUUUUUCUUUUUUUGGAAAGUAGCAUUAAAUUGUACUAUACAACU